AUGCGUUACGAAUUGAAAAAUUCCAAGAAUACUUCCGACAGUUUUGAACAUGCUCAAAACUGUCGGGUGCCUAUCCAGACGUUCCAGGAAUACCGAAGAAUGACCAGAAAGCCGCUAGGUUCUGGUCACCUUAGGUUAAGCUGUAAUAGCCCAGAAUGUCCCAACUGCCCGAUCAGCAGCCCACAAUUUCCCAACUGCCCGUACACCAGCCCAGAAUGUUCCAACUGCCCGAACAGCAGCCCGAAAUAUCCUAACUUCCCGAACAGCAGCCCAGAAUGUUCCAAUUGCCCGAACAGCAGCCCAGAAUGUUCCAACUGCCCGAACAGCAGACCAAAAUGUCCCAACUGCCCGAGCAGAAACCCAGAAUGUCCCAACUGCCCGAACAGCAGCCCUAAAUGCUCCGACUGCCCGAACAGCAGCCCUAAAUGCCCCGACUGCCCGAACAGAAGCCCAAAAUGUCCAAACUUCUCGAACAGAAGCCCAAAAUGUCACAACUUUUCGAGCAGAAGCCCAAAAUGUCACACCUGCCCGAACAGAAGCCCAGAAAUGUCACAACUUCUCGAACAGAAGCCCAAAAUGUCACAACUUCACGAACAGCAGCCCAAAAUGUCACAACUUCUCGAACAGAAGCCCAAAAUGUCACAACUGCAAGAGCAGAAACUCAGAAUGUCCCAACUGCCCGAACAGCAGCCCAGAAUGUUCCAACUGCCCGAACAGCAGCCCUAA